GAGCUGGGUCUUUUUAAUUGGAAUCGAAGUCUCCCAGUAGUAGCAUCACAUUUAUAAAAGGCAUUCAGAUUUAAGGAGAAAACUCCCAAUUUAAAAUUGUUUAUUAAGUAAUAUGGCUGGUAAUAUGGAGAAGGGAGAGCUGAUGAGCCAGGUGAAGCAACAGAUCGCUCUGGCCAAUGCCCAGGAGAUGCUCUCGAAGAUGACCGAGAAGUGUUUCAAGAAGUGCGUCCAGAAGCCGGGCAAGUCACUGGACAACUCCGAGCAGAAGUGCAUCUCCCAGUGCAUGGAUCGAUUCAUGGACGCCUGGAACUUGGUUUCGCGCACCUACGGAAAUCGCUUGCAGCGGGAGCAGUACAGGAACUCGCAAGCAGUGGAUAUGACAAAUUAAUGGGGAUCCAUUUUCAAUAUUUUGGACGAUUUAUUAAAUCUAG